GAUAACUGGCAAGCUCAGCUGUCGUUCCCUUGUCAGAUCGCCCCGUUCAGGCUACGCGGUACACCCACAGUCAUCAGAGUCCCACCCUGCUUGCUCGUCAUUGGAUUGUCGCAAACCUGCACUCCUCAGGCGCUUACCCCAGGCGGUCGCUCUCCCUGUCAGACUUAUAAUCCUUCUUCCCGGUCCACACCAUGUCACCGAUAGAUCACCACAUGACCGAACAACUUCCCGCGCCAGGACUCGACUGGACGACGCUUCCUCACUGGCGAUACCCCGAUUGCCUUAUCCUCGCCUUCCCCUUUUUCGGGCUGAUUCUUCUUGCACGAUUCGUCAUAGCCCAAAGAAGUGGUCAAGAGGUACAUACCAAGCAAUACUCUGACGUGGUGUCCGAAGCAGUUCAGCAACAACGCUUUUGGGCAUCGGAGAAGUCACGUGGGGUCAGCAGAACCGGGCCGUUCAUGCCAGCCAACCACUCACCACGAGACUCCCAUUCGAGGUCUGGACAUAGUCUCGACUCGGUUCAGGACGCACGCCAAGCUCUAAAGGCCAUAUCUGUGAUGGUUGACAUUGGCGAAGGAGCACAACCCAGUCCGCAGACUAGCGCGCAGACUUGGACCACACAAAAUCGACCACGGCCACCACCACCUUUAACACCUCCUGUACUGUCUAGAGCGCAUUUGGACCUCAGCAUCCAUCCAUCGCAAGCGGGCAGCUCAGGAGUUGUUGACUUUGACAAAGACUUCUUCGGUCUUCCCAAUCCGGAUUAUAUGUCGGCCACAAUGGAUUCAACUUCUGCUACGACAUCCUUCCAUCCUCAACAAGGUUCAUUUGUGACCCCUCGGCGCAGAUCAUAUACAAAGGUCCUUCCAUUCGCGCCAGAUCAAUCUGCAGCUGAGGAGGAAAGCAGGUCACUCGUCGCUACACAACGCACCAUGUCAGAGCCUUACCCCUCUUCACAUACAACCGCUGAGAGUCGGGAGAUGAAUGUUCAAGGAGAGAUAAUAUCGGUCCUGGACGAUACGGGAGCCGGUUGGAAACGUCACACACGUGUAUACGGAGGUGGCGUGUGUCUCGCCUGCCUGGAGGCGGAAGGGAGUGAGGGAGGCGGCUUCUAUGGCGCCAAUGUACGACCCGAAGACAGGCGGCAUUGAGGAUCUCCGCGUGUCCGAGGUCCGCCGAGACACGGACAUUAUGGCCAUUCUUGACGACUUCUAUUGCAGCCUACAUCAGCUUCGUACUAGGAGUUUG